GCUGAAUAAUUUUCUGACGUGUCUUUUGUCGGGUUAUGAUGUCAAAUAGAUUAUUUUCGUGAUUGAUAAGCCGGCGUUUAGGAUGAAACUCAACAAAUUCUACGCUAAUUUCAAAUUAAAAUGCCUGUACAUUAUCCUAGUUCUUAUAGAAUUAUCAGAUUCCAAGGCAGAAGUGCCCAGGCCUCGAGGGGUGGCUUUGUCUCGAGCCCCUCUGUACGACCCAGACACUAACUUUACCUGCUUCGAUGGCAGCAAAACUAUACCUUAUAAUCAGGUAAACGAUGACUAUUGUGACUGUGAGGAUAGUAGUGAUGAACCAGGCACAAGUGCAUGUGCAGGAGGCUCUUUUUAUUGCCUAAAUGCUGGAUAUAAACCAAGUAUUUUAAAGUCGGAUAGAGUUAACGAUGGCAUAUGUGACUGUUGUGAUGGCUCAGAUGAGUAUUCUGGAAGAAAAACCUGCGUAAAUAACUGUCAGGAAAUGGGAAAAGCUGCAAGAGAAGAGGCUUUUAGAUUAGCUGAGCUACUAAAAGUCGGUAAACAACUUAGAGCGGAGCUAAGCCAAGAAGGGCUAAAAAUGAAGAACGAAAAACAACAAAAAUUGGGUGAAUUGCAAAAACACAAAGAAGAAGCAGAAAAAAUCAAAUCUGAAAGAGAGGAAUUGAAGAAAAAGGCCGAAGAGGUUGAAGGAAAAGCACUGGAAUAUUACAAAGAACUGGAAGAACAAUACAAGAAACAAAGAGCCGAAAAAGAGGCCGAGAAGCUCCAACAAGAGGCCGUAGAGAACUUCAAGAAGCUGGACAGCAAUCAGGAUGGUUUAGUUGAAAUUGCUGAACUGCAAUCGAGACAGAGUUUUGACAGAGACCGUAAUGGAGAAGUUUCAGAGGAGGAGGCAAAAUUGUUCUUAAACAACCAAGAGUCAGUGGAUUUGGAAACAUUUAUCGAAAAGUCUUGGCCUUUAAUGAAACCUUUUGUUAAAAUCGACUCAGGGAUGUUCAAACCGCCAGAAACAACAUCAGAAGCCGAAUCAGAAGACUUACAAGAUCAAGAAGAAGAGCUGAAGGUUGAAUUUGGUGAGAGUGAACAUGAAGAGGGUGGUGAAGAAGAUGAGGAUGAAGAUAACGAAAAAGAAGAACAGCCAGAAGAGCAUGAAGAAGAAGAACACUACAUAACUUAUGAUGAAGAAACUCAAAAACUCGUAGAUUUGGCUAGUGAGGCUAGAAAUCAUUAUUCAGAGGCAGAAAAAGAUGUGAGAAGUAUUAACGACCAGAUAAGGGAUUUGGAGCAGAGUUUGAAGAAAGAUUUUGGUCCUGACGAGGAAUUCGCCUCUUUGGAAGGUCAGUGUUUCGACUAUACUGACCACGAGUACGUUUAUAAACUGUGUCCCUUCGAAAAAUCCCUACAAAUUCCCAAGUCCAGUUCUUCAGAAACAAAUUUGGGCAGGUGGUCGAAAUGGGACGGUCCAAACAACAACCCUUACGAAAUUAUGCUUUACGAGCAUGGUCAGAAUUGCUGGAAUGGUCCCAAUCGGUCGACUAGAGUAAAACUGUCCUGUGGUGCAGAAAGUAAGGUUACCAGCGUUUCCGAACCGAACAGAUGCGAGUACGCUUUCGAAUUCCAAACACCGGCAGCCUGUAGGGAGGUGUCAAGUGCGGAGGGCAAAGAUGGCGACUUACACGACGAAUUAUAGA